AUGCCGUUUGCAGCUCUGGACGGGCUGAGCCCCAAGAAGUCCACUUUCGGAUUGCAGGUGGAAGCGCAGCGCCUCCUGCUGCCGACCCUGACCAAGACGGAUGAGCAGUUUGCAGAACAGGGGAUCGUCUUCAUGGAGGGCCACGAGGGCGUCAAUCUGGAGGAGCUGAACGACCUAUUCGAGCAGGUUGGCUUCCCUCGGCGAGACCCUGACAAGCUGAAGCUUGCCCUGGAGAAGACUCACACAGUCAUCUGGAUACGGCAUGCGAAGAAGAGCCGUUGGGCAAAGCUCAACCAGCUCCUUGGCUUUGGCCGGGCCAUGAGCGAUGGCUCAAUAUCUGCCUCGAUAUGGGAUGUGGCCGUGCUUCCUGCAUGGCAGCGAUCUGGGCUGGGCAGGGCAUUGCUGGAGCGCCUGCUGGUACGCUUGAGGCAGGACCAUAUCGACACCAUCAGCUUGUAUGCAGAGCCCUCAGUGGUUAAGCUAUAUGAGAAGCUGGGCUUUGUGACAGAUCCGCAGGGCAUCAGAGGCAUGGCCUUUCAGCGGAAGAGUGCCAUUGGAAUGAAGGUGGCUGCAGGAGAGAAGAGAGCAUCUGUGGCAAAAGGCUAG